UGGAGAGUGGGAGAACAGGGCGAAGGUUACGUUUGGCAGUAGACGUCGAUCAGUCUGACCGGAUGUUUGUGUGUGUGCAGUGAAGGUGAGAAGGUUAAGUUAAUAAUUGCGAGUGUAACAUCAGAAAUCAACAGUCGUCAGCUAUGAAGAUCUGGACAUCGGAACACACAUUCAAUCAUCCGUGGGAAACUGUAGCCCAGGCAGCAUGGAGGAAAUAUCCAAAUCCAAUGAACCCAGCCGUUAUUGGUACAGAUGUGAUUGAAAGAAAAGUGGUUGAUGGGAUACUGCACACACAUCGGCUGGUUAGCUCCAAGUGGGGGUUUCCUAAGUGGGCUCAAUCGAUAUUUGGGAAUCCAAAUGUGUGUUACGCCAGUGAAUAUUCUCAAGUUAAUCCAAGUGCAAGACAUAUGACACUGAAAUCAAGAAAUCUCACAUUCUGCCGUCAUAUAGCUGUGGAUGAGACUGUGAUGUAUGUACCACAUCCACAAGAUCCAAGUAAAACAUUACUGAAACAUGAAGCUGUUGUCACUGUGCAAGGAGUUCCACUUAAUUCCUAUGUGGAAGAUGUUUUAACGAGCAGAAUCUCCCUUAAUGCUGGGAAGGGGAGACAAGCAAUUGAAUGGGUUAUUGGUAAAAUUGAUGCAGAAGUAAAGGAAAUAGCUUCAAAUGCUGUGAAGAGCACAGAUGACUUGCUGGCACAGACUAAAAAGUCAUUUGAUGAAAUUACAAGCUCUGCACGAAAAUCUAUGGAUGAUAUUUCAUCUGUUGCUAAGAAAUCACUAGAUGAUCUACACAACUUAACAAGUGCACCUAAUCGAACAAAUCAAAAUCUACCAAAGUUGUAGCAUUGAUAUUAAAAUUUAGUUCAUUUAACAACUUUGUGUAGUGAUCUUUUGUAAUUCAAAUCAGAUGAUGCAAGUCUGUUAGCUAUAUUGUAAAGUGUAGUAAUUUUUAUUAAACCGUGUAAAAUUGUCGGACCCUCCAAAGUAUUUUUAGGAUAUUGUCUUUCUUGUGUAACUUAAUGAAUGAAUUGUGGUAAAUAGAUGUUUAUUGUAGUGAGAGAUUUGUGUGAAUGUUAUUGUUGCUUGAUUAAUUUGUGUUUUAACUUAUGCUGACAGACUGAUUUAACUGGCUGGUCCAGUUUUUUUUAUAAGUUAGUUGUAGUCUGAUAAAGAGAAAUGACAUUAUCAAAAGAAUUACUCUUAAAAUUCGUGGACCUAUAUUUUGCCAUAGUUUAUUUACAAUGGAUUAUUAACAACCAUUACAUACAGUUAAUCAUUGAUUGUGUAAUGGAGUGGAGUAAUGUGUUGCACUGAUCACUGUGUGAUCUGACUGCAUACUAAGCUUAUUGUGAUGUCUUGCUGUGAUUCACUCAAAAUUUUUACGAACAGUGGUAUUGCACCUUCCUGUCUGCUGUUAAGUUUAAAUAGUGAGCAACUUUUCUGUGCAGAGAGAUGAUACAGCAGAGGUAUGCUCUGUUCAUCUCAGGAAUUUACUGGUGUUACGUUGCUAUUACAGCUGACAUGCACAGAAAAGUAAAUAUGCACUGCAGUUAAAAUGUAAAAUUUUCUUACAGCACACGUUUUGUGUGUUUGCUUGUUGCAUCAUUAAGAAAUAUGGUGUACUUGGUGCAGUAGAGACAUCAUAACAGGCCUUUAUGAAGGGAAAAAGUGUACUUUUACACUUUUGAUAGUCUUAAAUAUUGCUAUGGUUCUUUGUAAGUUAAGGUAUUCAUGUAUUGUGAUAAAUAUCAGCAAUGAAGCAUUAUGAGAUGUGAUUACUUACCUUGUUGCUGUAUUUUCUUCACAUUAAUUGGCUGAAUGUUCUCAUGUGUGCAAAUCUAAGUAAUUAGUCUGGUUAUAGUUCAUUGUAAUACUCACUAAAAAGCAACUAGAGUGCAGGGUCCCUAAUCACAAAAAAUCUACACAUUGUAAUUGAGAUAUAAUGGAAUAAUGAUUGUGGUAAUUCGUAAUUAUAGUUUCACAGAACUAUUUUGAGGGUAAAAGAAAGUUUAUAAGUGAUUCAUAGAAAAGUGUUCACUUUGUGAACACCAGUCCGGCCUUUCAUUGUUCUAAUGUGAAAGGUAAUGGUUUUUGGUUUGAGUAAUUUUCUUGUGGUUAUGUUGCUUAUAAGUAUUUUAUCAGUUGAGGUUAAUAAAUGAAUGUCCAAAUUAUAAUUUCAUCUAUGUUGUAGGCCUUACUGCCAUCAACUGUUGAGUACUUUCUGAAAAAGCAUUUGUCAAAUUCUAAUCAGCUUUUAUCAGUUUGUAUGAAAUGUUUUAGUGUAUAUUAUGAAUCUUCCAGAUGUUUGUGAGUUAAUGUUUGUUACCUUUAUGAUUAGAAACAGCAGCAGGUAACAUUUCUUUUUAAGCAAUUGUUUCCAUGCUAUGUGAAAAUCUUACUUAGCGUUGUGUGCGUGCGUGCGUGCGUGUGUGUGCGCGGUCCGUUCGUACGACUAAAAUAAUUGUGAUGUAAAGAGCUUUGUGUGUUGUAGACUGAAAUGUUUGCCAGAAACAGUGUGAGGAUUAUUUUAUGUUUGUAUUUGGUAAUGUGUGCUUUCAGUUUCUUUUUACCUUUACGUCAGUCUCGCCUACCCACAACUUGCCUCUAAGAUAUAGUCAGUAGCACCACCAUUCAUAGUAGAUGAAAUAUUUGGAAACUGUGGUAUUUUUUAAAAGUACAGGUCAGUCAGUAUUAUUGUUGCAUAUAUUUGUACUGGUUGUCGCUGUGAUUUUGUGUAUUGUCCAUGGUUUUGUAGGCGUUAACCAUUCCACAGCCAUCACAGCACGUAUGAUCAUCUGACUUUAAUAAGUUUUGUUGUUCAAGAAAACAGCAUUAAAAGUAAGUAAUAAAAGUACUAAGGUGAUUUAAUAUGCUUUUCGUAAUUCUGAUUAUGGCAACUUUUCUCCAGAAAUGACAGCCCUGUAGUUGUGCUGUAUACACUUUAGGUGCUUCUGACUGAACAAAAGUGCAUUAUUGGAUCAGUUUUACUCAUAAUUUGCACCUUUUUUAGUAGGUACCUCAGUAUUCAGUUAAUAAGUGUAUGUAAUAUUUCAGCUAAUGGACAUCAAAAAAUUAAGCUCCUGAAAUGCCUUUAAUGAAAUUUAAAGUAAUCUACAUAGUCUUAAGUUUUUAUUUUGACAAGCUGUUUAAUGAGCACAUUUGGUAAAACAGCAGCCAAAGACAUGUUGCAAUCAAAUUGAAAAAUUGUGGGGUAUAUUUUGAAGAAAUACGUAGUGAUUAGUUUUCAGAUCAACUGCUUUCACAGGUUCUUAAAUAUUUGUUUCAGAUCUUAUGAGAAAGUUGAAUUUAAUAACAUAUGAGUGCAAAACUGAAUGCCCUUGAUUUAAAAGAAUAUCAUUAGAUGUAUGCAAAAAUUCUGAAGUGUGUUGUGUUUUAAGAAUGUCCUUCAACCGCAGAGGAAUGCAGAGAGGAGUGUAAUAGUGUAUGACAUUUUAUGCCCUAUCUUCUGCAUUUAAAGCUUUCUAGUGUUCAGCAAUUAUGUAUUUUGUAGCAUUUAGAAUUGACAGCUGUGUGUUCUUUUACAAUUUCACUUCAGUCUGAUAGUAACUGAUGACAUUGUUAUGGAAUAUAUUUGUGAUGAAUUUGUUACAUAUCUUUCAUGCCAACAUAUUUUUGUAAAUAAAUACUACAUACCUAAAACUGUUUGUUUUCCACCAUAUUAUUGCACCUGGUACUGAGGGCAAUUUGGUCUGCUUAUCAUGAGUCAAUGUGUAAUCCUGUUGAUGGUAUGUGCACAAUUGAAAGCAUUGACAGUGUGAUCAUUUUCCUUAUUAGCAGAUGUACUUUUUUGCUGUAAUGUCACCAUGUUUCCAAUAAAGGCCAAUUGCAGUAAUAUCGUGGUUAAGUAGUACAAUGCCAAAUAUUUGUUCCAAGCAGUGUGAUUGGAAUCUACAGGAAACUGUAGUGAUGCAAACAUAUGGAUGCGAACUAAAAGAACUGUGGUGAAAUACCUUUAGAUAUUUCAGUCUGUGAGUUGUGAAAUUUUUCUAAAUGUAGGCACUAUGUAAAAGAGUAUUAACAUAGGCUGUAAGAUGCAAGGUGUUUUAUAUGUAUCUAUUUGAAGAAAAAUACUGAAAUUCUGGGAUUUUAUAAAGUUUUUGGCACCAUUUGUUGUUAGAGCCUUGUUUAUCCACUGUAAUAAAAGGGAAAUCAGAAAUGUCAUCA